UAAGAAUCGAACAAACCUUCCUUGCUUUUAUUUUUUUAAUGAUAAAAUUUGUGUAGUUUGUACUUUGACCUGAAAUUGUUGCCUUAAUCUGAAUUUAAUUAAUGGCAUUAUAUUUAUAAAUUUUAAGCUCAGUUUUUCCUUUCGUCCGACCAUGUUUUCAAGACACGUAACACGAAAUGUUACAGGCCAAUUUCAAAGAUUUCAAAGUACACUCCUUAUAGCUGAACACAACAAUGAAAACCUCUUGCCGAUAACACAAAAUGCAUUAACUGCAGCUAAAAAAAUAGGAGGUGAAAUUUCUGUGCUUAUAGCAGGGACAAAAUGUGGUCCUGCUGCAGAACAACUUGCUAAAGCAGAAGGUCUAUCUAAAGUUUUAGUUGCUGAGAGUGAUUCUUUCAAAGGUUUUACCGCGGAAAACAUUGCUGCCCUUAUUGUAGCAGCUCAAAAUCAAUUUAAAUAUACCCAUAUCAUUGCUGGAGCUUCAUCUUUUGGAAAAACACUAUUGCCAAGAGUUGCAGCUAAACUGGAUGUCUCUCCUAUCUCAGAUGUCAUUGGUAUUAAGUCUGCAGAUACUUUUAUCAGAAGCAUAUAUGCUGGCAAUGCGAUACAAACUUUACAAGCAACUGAUCCAGUGAAAAUUUUAAGUGUCAGAGGUACAAGCUUUGAAGCUUCUCAGCUAGGAUCUGGAUCAGCAGCUGUAGAAAAGUUACCAUCUGAUGGGUGUGACACCCAAUUAACUAGCUUUAUUAGCCAGGAAUUGAGCAAAUCUGACAGACCUGAACUUACCAGUGCUAAAGUAGUUGUGAGUGGAGGUAGGGGACUUAAAUCAGGAGACAACUUCAAAUUGCUGUAUGAUCUAGCUGAUAAGCUCAAUGCCGCCGUUGGAGCUUCCAGAGCAGCUGUAGAUGCUGGAUAUGUCCCUAAUGACCUACAAGUUGGCCAGACUGGUAAAAUUGUUGCUCCUGAUCUUUACAUAGCUGUUGGUAUAUCCGGGGCAAUUCAACAUUUGGCUGGUAUGAAAGAUAGUAAGACAAUUGUUGCUAUAAACAAAGACCCUGAUGCACCAAUCUUCCAAGUAGCAGAUUUUGGAUUAGUUGCCGAUUUGUUCAAAGCUGUUCCAGAAAUGACCCAGAAACUUUAAUAAACUAAACUUAUUUGUAGCAAAUUUUGGUAUACAACAAUUUAUUGAUAUAUAUAAUUUUUUACAUCCUUUAUACUACAUUCACAUAAAUAAUAAAUACAUAUAUGUAUCUAUAUAAUUGUUAAAUAAAAAUAUUUUUAUUAUUC